UUUGAUGACGUCCGGGACAUAGGCCAUUUCUUCGUGGCGGAGAGCUUUGCCUCCACGCCAUUGCGUUUCUCUUGCGACAGCUCUGCAUACAGAUGCCAGCAAGUCUACCGACCGCACCCUAUAUCUGUUCCUGCUUCCUACGCGUCAGCCCCCGCAUUGGAGCAUCUUCAGUUGAGCUAGCAAUUCGCCGCAACGGUUUCCUACGAAAAUACGCAGACUCGGCGCCACGGUUACGGGAGGAUCAUGAUGCAUAUGAGAAACAUACGGAUAAUCGAGAGGAUAAGGAAGACGAGAUUGAGGAGACGAAGCAGGACAAAGAUGAAGGUGCAAUGACUCGUCGUCUCCGCGAUAUGAGUGAAGAGGCUCUGUUAUCUGGGGGUCGGAGCAGCCAAAAAGCAGUCUCAGAAGCAGGCUUCAGCGAGGAGUUAAGGAAACAACUCGAAGAGCGGAUAGCUUCAGCACAGUUCCGUGCUGAACAUCGCAGUGCGUUCACAGAAGCGCAGCUGCCUUCCCACGCCGGCCAGGGUACUCGUGAUAUAGCCACCGCGGAUCCGUGGGUGGGAGAGGAGUCAAUCCAUGAUGCGAGCUUGCGCAUGUUGAAUGAUGCGCAUAAGCCGUUGCGGUCGGGAAGAGGGCCACGCAUACCAGGACCAGCAGCGGCACCACCGCGGUCCAUUGAUACGGGGCGCAGGAGUAAAGCUGGCAGUGGGAUACGGCUCGCAAAUGCGAGGGACAGGAGCGGCAUAUACAGCAGCCUCAAAGAUUCUGACAUCGAUGCGGCCGAGAGGGAGAAGAGAUUCCAGGAACUCAAGGAUCGCUAUUCGCCUGAGGCACGCUCCGUCGUCCCAGGCACUGUUCAAGGCCUGGCAAACCUGGCAAAUCAACGCAUAGAAGAUGCUAUUGCGCGUGGACAGUUCAAGAAUCUCCCUAGAGGAAAGAAGAUUGAGAGAGACUACAAUGCGUCUAAUCCGUUCAUUGACACUACGGAAUACUUCAUGAACAAGAUGAUUCAGAAACAGGAGAUUGUCCCACCUUGGAUUGAGAAGCAGCAGGAACUGGUAGCCGCUGCGAGCAAGUUUCGAUCAAGGUUACGGAGUGAUUGGAGAAGACAUGCCGCUCGCGUGAUCGCUAGCAAAGGUGGCACACUGCAGGAACAGAUGCAGAGAGCGGAAGCUUAUGCAAAGGCUGAGCUCACAGUAAACCCUUUGAGGACAAAGGAGGAUACGCCAAACACAUUGGAUGAUUAUGAUCACAUUUCCCAGAUUUCAUUGGCAGGAGAAUUGAAGAUCCAGGACCUUUCGGACGACGAGCGUGUGACAGAGGAGAUGGUUCCCCAGAAGUCUACUAUUAGGGUUCAGGAUGCUCCUGGCACAACGAACAGUACGGCUGCGGAUGCUCCCCCUUCAUCAAAUGCCCAGACUACAGAGAUCCCGGUACGUACAGCAACGUCAACAGUCGCACCAGCGCGACAGCCCUUCCGCGACCCCGCCUGGGAAGCACUUGAAUCGGCCUACCAUAACGUCGCCAUCAAGGAACUCAAUACUCUGACCCGCUCCUACAACUUGCAAGCUCCCGACCUUGCGAAGAAGCCGUACUUUUCGCUCGCCCGCGAACUCAACGCCUGCUAUGCUGAUGUCGCGCCCCAGCUAGCAGAAGCAAUCCGUGAUCGAGCAACCAGGCCGAAGAAGACAGAAGGUUUUGCAACGAGUUUAGGCGGAGGGGCAGCGCCGGGGGUAAUGGAUAGGCUGGUGGGUGAGAAGGUCAGGGUGAGUGACGAAAAGGUUGAGCGGAGGUAUGGGUUUCGGCAGUUUUGGAGAGAUGUCUGGGGAGAUAGCGGAAAGACUUAGAUCGCUACGGUCUUGAUUUUAUAUAGUAGUGUCGUUCACCUCUGUCAUACCUAGCAUACCUAGCCUGAUGUCGAUGGGGAGCAAUGACGCAGUCCCGAC